AUGUUGAUUAUUAAAGAUUUCAAAUGGCUGCAAACAGAAGAUUCAAUUAAAAUUUUAUUGCCAAUUAAAUUUGUUGGAAAGGAAAUUGAUGUUUCGACUCACGAGAAAUUUGUGAAAAUUUAUGCAGCUCCAUAUUAUUUCGAAGCAUUCUUGCUUCAUCCAAUUAUCGAGAACGAGAGUCUCUGUCAGCUUACGAAGAGUGAAAUAAGACUGUGCUUAAAAAAGGCAGAAUUAAUUGAAUGGGAAAAACUUGAGCGAGAUUUUCAAGAUAAAGCGGAAAAACUUCGAGUGAAAAAUGAAAUUCUGGAACAAGUUCAAGUGCAAACGAAUAAAAAGUUGGAACAUAAACUAAAACUUAAACAAGAAACAAAGCGAAGUGAAGUUCAGAAUGCAAUGGCUAGCGAUGCGAAGGUUCGAGAAUCAAUUGAGAUUAUGAAGAAGAAAGCAAUUGAGUGUGAAAUGUCAAAAGUUCAAGCUCCUAUUCAAACACUGAGUAAAUUGAAAGCAAAGCCAAUUUGUGAGAUUCCUGGUAUUCGAAAAACGGCUUCCAUAGAAAUUCAAUUCAGCAAGCGAAACUUUGCUACACCAAAGCGAGAAUCGCAAGAUUAUGCAGAACAGCAGUGGAUUCUGAAACAAAAUGAAGCACGAAAGGCGAUUGGGUUUGUUCCCGAUGACUUGAGACCGGAAGAACGUGAUCCAAUAUAUCUCAAGAAGAAAGGCGAUGAGUUCUUUCAUCAGUCUAAUUAUCUUGCUGCAAUUUCCGCUUAUUCUACAGGAAUUAAACUCACUGAUAAAUUCUAUGAACUUUUUCUCAAUCGUUCAGCAGCACAUUUGACUCAAGGAAAUUUUCAAAGAUGCGCUGAAGAUUGCACAAAAGCUCUUGAGCUUUUGAACCCACCAGUUGCUUCUAAUUUAAAAGCAAGAGUUCAAGCAAUAGCACGACGUGGUGCUGCACUCAACAAAAUCAUUCGUACUUCAUCGGAUCAAGAUGGAUGA